GAAGAAGAAGAAGAGGAAGAGGAAGAGGAGGAAGAAGAGGCAGAAGAAGAAGAAGAAGAAGAACGGAGAAGAGAAGGAAAGGGAGAAUAUUCAUUGGGACCCGCGUGGCGCGGGGUGAAAAUAUUCGAAGGUGGCUCACGCGGCGAGGGACAGGGCCGCCGAACUGCAGGCGGAAGUGAGGAGCGCCAUCAGGGUGCUGCAUGGCUGGUGUCCGAGGCCGCCGGGCCAGGGCCACGCCGGCGGCAUCGCGCGUUCCGACACGGUCCUGAUGUCGCCACAGACCCAAAUGCGACCACCCAGAUCAGCACCUGUUAACAAUACCGUCACUGCUAGCAACAAUAACAACAGUACCAGCAGCAGCAGCAGCAGCAGCAGUGGUACCAGCAGCAGCGGUACCAGCAGUAUCAGCAGCAAUAGUAACAGUAGUAGCAGUAGUAACAAUAACAACAACAAUAACAACAGCAAUAACAACAACAAUCAUCACCAUCAUCACCAUCACCAUCAUCAUCAUCAUCAUCCUAGCAACAACGUUAACAAUAAUAACGGGGGACCAGCUCCGCCUCCACCACCUCCGCCACCUCCAUCCGGAACCGUCGUGGUCAGUUCUACUUCCAGCAUGAGACCACCUCCUCCUCCUCCACCUCCACCACCUCCUUCAAGAGCCAGAUCCUCCGAUCCCAAAGGACAUCACGAGGAACCUACCAGCUCGAUACCCGAUCUCGAAUUCGAUGGAACCACAGUACUCUGUCGUGUUUGUGGUGACAAGGCCUCUGGUUUUCAUUAUGGCGUUCAUUCCUGCGAGGGAUGCAAAGGCUUCUUUCGCCGUAGCAUCCAGCAGAAGAUACAGUAUCGGCCCUGCACCAAGAAUCAACAGUGCAGCAUCCUGAGGAUCAACAGGAAUCGCUGCCAGUACUGCCGUCUCAAGAAGUGCAUCGCAGUCGGCAUGAGUCGCGAUGCGGUGCGAUUCGGCCGCGUGCCCAAGCGCGAGAAGGCCAGGAUUUUGGCUGCCAUGCAGCAGAGCUCCCACAGUCGCUCUCAGGAGAAGGCAGUAGCGGCCGAGCUGGAGGACGAGCAGCGUUUACUCGCGACCGUCGUCCGGGCUCACCUCGACACAUGCGACUUCACCAGGGACAAGGUCGCGCCCGUUCUCGCGAGAGCUCGAGAGACACCGAACUACACGGCCUGUCCACCGACCUUGGCAUGCCCGCUGAAUCCGAAUCCGCAACCAUUGACCGGCCAGCAAGAACUGCUACAGGAUUUCUCCAAGAGGUUCUCGCCGGCGAUCCGUGGCGUGGUAGAGUUCGCCAAGCGCAUACCUGGAUUCAGCCUGCUGGCUCAGGACGACCAGGUCACCCUUUUGAAGGCCGGCGUCUUCGAGGUCUUGCUCGUUAGGCUGGCCUGCAUGUUCGACGCUCAAACGAACAGCAUGAUAUGCUUGAACGGGCAGGUGCUGAAGCGCGAAUCCAUCCACAACAGCAGCAACGCGAGAUUCCUCAUGGACUCGAUGUUCGACUUCGCCGAAAGGGUCAACUCCCUGCGGCUGUCGGACGCCGAGCUCGGACUCUUCUGCUCGGUGGUCGUGAUCGCCGCGGACAGACCGGGACUACGCAAUACCGAACUCGUCGAACGUAUGCACAACAAGUUGCGCAACGCCCUGCAAACGGUCCUCGCCCAGAGCCAUCCCCAACAUCCGGAUAUCUUGAGGGAAUUGUUGAAGAAGAUACCCGAUCUGAGAACGCUCAAUACUUUGCACUCGGAGAAGCUCCUCGCGUUCAAGAUGACCGAGCAACAGCAGCAGCUCCAAGCUCAGCAGCAACAGCAGACGCAGCAACACGUGAUCGCGACGAAUCAGCAGCAGCAGCAGCAGCAGCAGCAGCAACAGCAGCAACAGCAACAGCAACAGCAACAGCAGACGCAGUCGGGGCAGCAACAGCAAGCUCAGCAGCAUUGGCCGAUGGAGGAGGAACCUCCUGCUUCCUGGGGCUCGGCCUCGGACGUCACGCUCGACGAGGCCGUCAAGAGUCCGCUCGGUAGCGUCUCGAGUACCGAGAGCACGUGCAGCGGCGAGGUAGCCUCCCUGACGGAGUACCAUCACGUCGCGGCGACGCCGAGCGGACACCACGCGUCGAGCGCGCCGCUUCUCGCCGCUACGUUGGCCGGUGGUCUCUGUCCGCAUCGCAGACGCGCCAAUUCCGGCAGCACGAGCUCCGGCGAGGACGAGCUUCAUCGCGGAAGCUUGAGCAAGACCCCUCAGCCGCCUCACUGUCCGCGUUUCCGCAAGUUGGACUCGCCGAGCGACAGCGGCAUAGAAUCGGGCACCGAGAAGGCCGACAAGCCGGCGAGUAGCAGCGCCAGCAGCGCACCCACCUCGGUUUGCUCGAGUCCGCGCUCGGAGGACAAGGAAGUCGAGGAUAUGCCGGUACUGAAGCGCGUCCUUCAAGCGCCACCGCUCUACGACACGAACUCGCUCAUGGACGAGGCUUACAAGCCGCACAAGAAGUUCCGUGCGCUUCGCCAAAAGGACAGCGCCGAGGCGGAGCCAGCGGUGGUCGUCCAACACGCCCAAUCUCAGUUACAUCUCCACCUGACCUCCCCGCCGGCGCGAAGUCCGUCGAAUCCGACGACUCAAGCUACCUGCCCGCAAACCGCGAGCCUCCUCAGCAGCACUCACUCGACUCUAGCGAGAAGUUUGAUGGAGGGACCUAGGAUGACGGCGGAGCAGUUGAAGCGUACCGACAUUAUCCACAACUACAUAAUGCGAGGGGAGGCGAGCCCGAGGUCACCCCCGGCCGUCUCGCCAUCGCCAGCGGAACAAUGCGCCUCGACGACCACCGUCACCACGCGCUCUUCUCAAGGAUCUCAGGGUCUGCUGCAAUGCGCCACCUCCAGCUACUCCAGCACCUCCUCCUCCAGGUGGCCGGCCACCUCGGUCAUCACCACGACCACCGGUGCACGGCAGCAACAACAACAACAACAACAGCAGCAACAGCAGCAGCAACAACAACAACAACAACAACAUCAACACCAUCAACAGCAGUCUUCCUCGGAUUACCUCGUAGUCGGGAACUCACCCGCCUCCUCGCCAAGAUACCUCUCGGCCGCGGCAUCGAGUAGUACGAGCACGAGUCCGAGGCCGACCUCGAGCACGGCCACUCUCGUCCUCUCCGGUUGUCCCACCAACAUGAUGGAGCUCCAAGUCGACAUCGCCGACAGUCAGCAACCUCUGAACCUCUCGAAGAAGUCACCGUCCCCGUCGCCGAGGCCGCUCGUCGGCCCCUGCAAGGCUCUCUCCCUCGAAGCGUAGUGCUCUUGCCGCGAGACGGAGAUCUCUUUCGUGACUCGAAGAAUCAUGUGUGUGCGUGUGUACUCUAUUGCUACUAUUACUACACUACUACUACUAUUACUACUACUACACUACUACUACUACUAUAACUACUACUACUACUACUACCCACCUUGCGCAAAGAGUGUCGUUACGUACAUGUAUAUGUAUUUUACCGUCCGUGCGACGGCACACCGAGGAGGAUCGAGCGUCCCGAGAGGAUCGGAAGCAGGAGGAGGAG